AUGAUUCAACUCAAACGCCCUCAGAGACAUGUUGAAACUCCAACAACUCCCCCUACCAUCCAAACCAUGGAACAACUCCUCCGAGCUGAAGAAUCCUCCAAGUCUAAGCGGUCACCAACCUUCUCCUCCUCCUCCUCCUCCUCCUCCAACUCUUUUUCUCCAUCUUCCCCUUUCUUCCAAAGGUUGAGGCACCAUGACUCAGAAGAAGACCAUGGCCAGAAUCAGAAGAAAUCAGUUCUCACCAAGGUGAAGGAGAAGGCCAAGAAACUUCGACACAGCCUCAGCAAGAGGAGACACGAGGACGGGAGCCCCACUAGUCCCUCAUCCGGUGAUGGAGUAGAAGAAGAUGCUGAAUACCUCGGAGCUCCUAUGUACAAAUCGGAGAAGUCACCUCAAGGAUACGAAGCAAAUGCAAGGCAGCAUUCAAGUCCAAGAGGAAAUCCAGUAUUCCCGGAGAAGCAUGUGUUAUCAAGCAGUGACAAACACGUGGUGGAACUAGAUCAUCAAGAAAAGACACUAAGCCGCUCCAUAUCUAAGAAAACAGCAACACAACCUGCAACAACAAUCUCUUCUCCAAAUGCUACCACUGCCACUACUUUUAAUACUCAUACAAAUACUAAUGCUCUUUUUGGUCCAAACAAGACAAUGACUGAAACCGUAGCAAAGAAACCCACACCAGUUCAUGUUCAAAAACCAGAUGCAGCUCAUAUAACCUCCAAAAUUCAAGACCGUACUGUGUCCAAACCCACAGAGCAUCAUGAUCACCCUUCACCAUUAACGGUUAAGACAGCUCGCAACACUUCUUUGUCCUAUGCUGCUCCAUGCACUCCCCCUGCAAAGUUACCCUCCGUUGUUGCUUCAAGCACUCUGGAAACUACACCGGCUUCAGUGACACCAGCUCCUUCGUCUGCUCCAGCAUUUAGUGGGAAGAACACAAGUCCCACCGCGAAAAUAUGGGACAAGGGUGUGUCAAUGAAAGAGUAUUUGCUGAACAAAUUGGAGCCAGGGGAAGAUGAGAAGGCGCUGUCUCAGGUGAUAUCUGAAGCAAUGAGUCCUAGGAGAACUCCCGGUGAUGCAGGCGUGAUGGAGAAAGUGAAAGAAGUUGUAACUUCUUUGCUCCGAACUGAGGAACCAACAAAAUAUGCAGACAUGACUACUACCGCUACUGCUACCAGUACUACUACUCCUACUCGCAUAUCGCGUCAAAGCCCGGUAUCUACCAACGCUUCCCGCAUUUCAUCUCAAAUGUCAGCAUCUACCAGUGCUUCUCGUCCUUCAUCUGAAAUGCCAGCAUCUACCAGCGGUUCUCGUUCUUCAUCUCAAAUCCCAGAAUUUUUCAACGCUCAACAAGACUUUGCAGUGGGUGAGGAAGAAAACCAUGGCCGAAUUCUUCAGACAAAUUGAAAGCUUCCAUAACGUGUUUCCUACGUUUGUGUUAAACCUUUUUAUGAAUGUACUGUACCCGACAAUUAGACUGGAAAGAUAAUUUCCGUAUGUUUGUAAAAUUAAAAUUGUGUUGUAUAUUUGUAUUACAUUACAUAUUAUACACAUUGAGUUUUUUUUUGUUG